UGUAAAGUCAGGUUGCAUCCUUUGUACCAAUUUUGACUUGGUCCAGAUGCUCCAAUCCCUUCCCAUCUGCCAGUAUGCCACCAUUAUCCAGAGGACGUGGUCUGCUUUAGUCCAAAACAUUUUAUGCGGAGUAUAUCUUUUCGAAAGGGCAGGUGGAGCGCUAUUCUACCAACCCAGGCGCAGGCCGUUCGUGUCGGCCACUUCCCACCGGUGGAGACGGCAGUCGCAGCAGAGCAAGGGCGGCCCGAAGGCUUAUAUCCGGCGGAAGCUCGACCGAACUACUGAACAUACUUAUUCUGAGCUCGAAAAACCCCCAUUAAUGGCGGAAUCAUGAAGCUCUCCACCGGUAUAUCCCACAGGUCGCGUCGGCCGAGUCGUGGAAGCUCGAACGGCGACCGACCAGGAGGGGGAGUAACCAGCGGUUGACCGGCGAUGAUGACGGCGGUGUGGUGAUGCUCUGGCGGCGGAGUUGCUCCGGCGAACAGGAGCGAGGCGCGAACCUGCGACCGUCGCCCAGUCACGCUGUAGAUGACGAGCAGCUAGGAGAGCCCGAAACUGGUUUCCUCAGGUCGCUGGUCCACCGGACCGAUCCCCGUCCACAGUUGCCUUCCCCGACCAACAGAGCUUUGCACCGGAAUUCCUCUUCUUCUCUGAUCUAGAACUCCUCAGAAUUCUUCUUUCCAGGAUAUCUUUUUCUCCUUUUUUGUUGAAAUCAGUCCUUCUGGUAUCAAUUUUUGUGUAGAAACUCAAGAACACUAAAACACAUGAAUCUUUUUGGACAGAUUCCCACAGACGGCGCCAGUGUUGAGUAUAAUCCAACACGAUAUAAUAAAUAUAUGUAUAAAUGUGUAAGAACAACUCAGUUUUUACGUGGAAACCCGAAAGGGAGAAAACCACGGGACUUUUUAGGCUAAUGUCCAAGCCCUCUCUUUCUCAUUAGGACUCUCCUCACAAUUACAUUGUACAAGCUCCCAUUAAUGGAGUAUUUGAGCUAAGUUUAAGAGAAGGAGGAAGAUGAAUCUAAAAGAGGAUCCCUAAAACAUGGAGGGAAGCCUCCUAUAAAUAGGGGAAGGGGAGAAGGGGCUCUCCACCCUAAUGGGCCAAACGGGCCAGAGUGGGCCCAAAUGGCUAAAGUGGGCCGGAUGGGCCGAAAUGGGCCUAGUUGCUCGGGCCCUGUACUACGUAAAGCCUUGGACUCAUGAACAGUAAUAGGCCGGGAUAAUAUAUCCCAACAGUAAUCAACACAAUUCUAAGAUUAUACUUGACUCC